GCCUAGGCAACAGAUAAACUACUGGACUAGUGAUGCGUGUACUGCGUUAAACGUUUAGUUUUGCAGACAGUUUUUGACUUUCACCGUUUCCAUUGUACAAGUUGCAGCUACUGUUUAAGGUAGUUAAUUUAAUAAAGUGUCAGUUGUAGCGGGGUGGUUGUUAACAAUGGAUCUCCUCGAUCGGUUAAUGUUAACUGAAGUAUUAUCCUAUAAAGGUCAGGCCGGAGCGCGGCCGGCGCAGUGACCACCGCGCGGCCGCCAGCGCGCAGCGCGCACGUUAUCAAUCCUACACGGCUACACGCUACACCUCUCUACACAAAAAUCUCGAACGGGAAUACCGGAUACCAACGCAGUGCUAAGAAAAUAUAACUGUCUCUUUCCAAUACAUCGUAAAAGGGCCGCGUUUUUGUAUUCCGUCCUUGUCCACAACCGCGGCGCGAUAUCGCGCUAUGCUUAUAGUUAGAAAUAUGUAACUGAAUAGUUUACUUUUGUGUGUAGUUUUGCCAAGUUGAUGUCGUUCGGAAUUAGAAUAGCUGCAUGUUCGCCGCUACUCCGCUGCUAAUGUGUCAAGUGUAUUGAAAAUUAAUAUUUACGUGGAGUGCAGUGUUCCGAGUUCGAGGGAAUAUUUUAUUGUGCAAGUGAGAGAUGCGCUCGGGUGUGCGAUGGCGCGGAAACGGCACAUAUUUUAGAUUCCAAUAAUGAACGAAAGUUUGUGAUUUUACUGCAGAUUAUGUGCUGUGUGUAUAAAUAACAGUGAUUUUUUAUUGUGAAAAUGUUCAACGGGAGAUUUUCUCUAUUUAACGUCUCAGUAUGGGUUCUGACGGUAUACCUCGUGUUCCACGUGCCCCUCAUAGAGAUGAGGGUUGAUGACUUCGAACAGCAGGCACUGGCUCAGGCCAGAGAGCAACCACCAGUGUCAACGGAAAAGCCGGAGCCAAUCAACCAGCACCUGAAGCUAGGCAAGUGCUUCCACAUGCCUCGCUCCAAGUGCCCAGCAGAACCGAACUGCACCAAGGUCGGCUCCAUGUCAGUGUUCUGUUGUGACCUGGACAGCGCCCGGCUGAAGGAGGCACUGGCUUCUUCUAUUACUCAGAACACGACGUAUCUUCACGUGCUGAACGCCACCAUUGAUGAGCUGGACGUCUCCCAGGCCAUGUUCCGGAGACUGACUUCCAUGGCCUUCACUGACGGAAACAUCGACAAAAUCGUUGUCGCACGCAAGGAAAGUAUGGACAUGAACACUACCAGACAAUUUCCAAAACACUCCUCAGUAGCGUGUCUGAACAUCUCGAACAACAACCUGACGAGUGCCAAGCUCCAGCCUGCCAUCCAGAGGCCGUAUGCCUAUCUCUUCAACCUGAGUGUCCUGGACGCCUCAGCUAAUAACCUUACUGAGUUCCCACUGAGCUUGGUGCACAGUAAUCGAAAAAUUUCUGUAGAUUUAUCAGGUAACAGGUAUCUCCCCUGCAAGAACUUCAUGAAGGCGAUGGAAGAAAACAACUCCUCGUUAGUGACGUUCCUCAAGUACCGGGACACGUACUGCGCCCUGGACAUCAGCUUCAACUGGUUCAAAGAUGUCAGAGUAGUGCAGAUUGACCAUUUGAGGAUACAGAAAGAGCUCAACGAAAGCUGUCGCAAUAUAAAGCCGGCGAAUAUCAACUGCACCUGCAUUCCUGAGCGACUGGAGUUCUCUGGUGAUGUGAUCACCAACUUGGUGGCCGUGGACUGUUCCCAGCGUAACCUGACCUCGUUGCCGACUAACUUGCCACACAACACCGUCAAGCUGAACGUAUCGUACAACAACAUCACCUCGCUGCAAACAGUGGCAGACGACUCCACGUACGAGCACCUUCGGCAGCUGAUACUGGAUCAUAAUGAUAUACCGUAUAUCCUCGAGUUGGAGGGCACCAAGUUUAUUGACAACUUCAUGUUGUUCUCUAUCGCUUAUAAUAAGUUAAAAACUAUACAUACAUACGUGCUGUCGAAUCGUUUCUACAAGACGGGGCUGGCGCUGCUGAUAGCCGGCAACUACAUAAACUGUGACUGUAACACUGAAAAAACAUUAAAGCCGUGGCUACUAGAAAACUUUAAGAACAUCCCUGACUACAAGUUAUUGCUGUGUGACGACAAAGUUCCUGUGGUUGAUUUGGUGGAGUCACAAGUCUGUCACACGCCUCGCGACUGGACUGACUACAUAUACUACAUCAUAGGCCUGGAAGUGCUUAUCCUGGUGCUACUCAUCAGUAAAGUAUCAUACGACUACUGGGUGUUCAAAACUGCUGGGUAUCUACCCUGGCCAGCGAACAAAAUGCCGAGAUUGCCAUGCGAUUGGUUAUGCGAGUAAGUUGCUGGUUGAUUGGCAACCAUCAGCUUUGGUUGGCUUUGGUUGGCUUUGGUUGAUUGGCAACCAAUAACGCCAAACCAAUGCUUUUAUGUGUUCGGGAAAUCUUGGUAAUUGUUUUAGAAAAGUGAUUGGGUUUUAUUACGAAUGACUUAUUACUAAUCCUCCAUAAAUAUAGGAUUUAAUUAUGAAACUGGAGGGGUAAUAAUGGGUAAAGUGGAAUUCCGAAUCCCUUGGACCGCCGCAUGAAGCUAUGGUUAUUUUAGUGUUGUGCCAGAGGAAAUAUGGACGAUUUUUAUAUUGCUUGCUUAAAGCAAAUUGUUGGGACAUUUUUGGUUUAUUAUGCUUUGUAUAUGUGUUGUUGUCGUUGUAAUGUAAUGGGUUGCUAAUGCUGCCGAAACCAGGAGGUUUCUAAUAUGUAAAUGUUAUUUGUUAAGUUUUAGCUUCUUAUUUACUCUUGGUCUCUGUAAAUAUUAUGAAUUUUGAAAUAAGUUACGAUGGUUAUUUUUUGUAGUAUAUUUUUAUUAAAGUGCUGCUUGUGUAAUUUGAAUAAUUAUAUACUUUAGAUCUCUGUAGAUCAGCUCUAUGUAUGAUUCUAUACAUGCGAUGUAUUAUGUAAAUUUUGAUUUUCUUUUUUGUAUACUUAAAUACCUUGCCAAUUUUGUAAAGAAUCUCUCUGUUGUCUCGAUUCAAGUUUUCAUAGCAAUCAAGGUAAUGGUUUGACUAAAAUGUCGGGUUCAAACUUAUGCACAAUGUAGUAGAUGUUCUUAUGACUCACAUCACACGGAUUUCAAUUUAAUUUCCAAGAUUAAUUAACAAAGCAUUACGUUCAAGAAAAGAGCGUAUUCCUAUUUAAAAGACCUCCCAUUUCAUAAAAAAUGAGUUAAUAACUCUGAGUUUAAACAUAAGUAAAUAGUGUAAUAAUGAUUUGAGAUAUUUGUGUAAGUUUGUCCACUGACUUACCAUAUUAUGGUAAUAGGACCGUGUACUAUACCAUGCUAUGGUGUGAACCACUCGAUAACAAAAGAAGACUGACUUUAGUUCGAAUAUUUAACCUUGCCAAAACAAAUGCAAGCCAUUAGUUUGAUUGUCUCAUAAAAUCCAAUUACCAAACUCUUAUUUCUUAUUCUCGAAGAGUCGUUAUUAAAAUAAAAAAAAUUAGGAAAAAGGAUAUCUAUUCGUGCUACUUAUUUCUUUAACAUUAAACAUAUUUAAUGUUAUUAAUGAACAAAAAUGAAUGUUAUGUACCUACAUACCUACUUACAUUAAAAUUUAAUGUAGGUGCACCUCUACCUAUACUAUGUAUGAUUAAAAUGCGUGAUGUCUCUUGAAUGACGUGAUUUGUGUUGGAAAUCAUUAGUGCGAAUAGGUUCCUGUUAAUUUUGUUUUUAUGUAAGCGUCCAGGUGUUAGAUUUUAAGUAAAUAAUGGGGGCAAAUGUAGGCACGUUUUUUAGGUUGAAUACUUAAUCUUUAAGCUACUGCAUAUUCCAACAAAAUACUUAUAACAAACUUCUAUUUCAGUUUUGUGUAGUGUUAUUGUGUUCUCGAAACACUUAUAUUUUUCUUUUAGCUAAAAAUGUGCUUGUAUUUGUUCUAACUAGCCAGUAGAGGCUUGAAAGUAAAUAUAAGGUCCAAUUUACGCAAGAGAAUUUUUACUAUAUAUUUUGGGAAAUAAGUGCCAUAUUCAAUUGAGUUUCAGCCAUAUCUACCCAUAGGUAGAUAUGGCUGAAACUCAAUUUGUUAGCUUUCAUUGUAGCAUUUGUUUAUAACCCUGAAGUCUUGUCGCGGAGAACCUAACGGGUAACCGGGGCUCCGGCUCGACGUGCAGGAGAAGGAACGGGGUGGUUUUUAGU